AAAAACUUCAUAAAGGAAAAUAGAAAAAAUCGCACAAAAAAUUUCACAAACUCGUGAUUAGAAAUCAUAAAACAAUAUUUUGCACUCAUUGCAUAUAACAAUAACAAUUUGCUCAAUCGUAACAGCGGUCGGAGAUCAGGGAGCACUCGUUAGACAAAGAAACGAGCCCCGGUCGUGACGCGACGACGCCUCGUCGGAUAAGAGCAGUGGGAGUGCGACAACAACACCUACGCACCGCGGCAAACACGCCGCCUCGACACGAGUGAAGCGGCAACACGCUCCUCGAGCUACGCUCACAAUCAGCGUGGUCCAUAAUUUCCCCCACGACCCCCUCCGACCCCCGCAGAGUACGACCGAAGCCGCGUGGCGCUGGCUUCGUGCCUCGAAGGCGGCUGCACUUCUCCACCACCGCCGCAACACCAUCACAACCACCACCCCCUGUUGACGGCCGGCCGAGCGGGGCCGACUCUGACAGUGGUUCGGCCGACUGAUGACAGCCGAGGCGUCAGUCCUCAGUGCGCCAGCGUGCUGUGUAGAACGCACGUCGCACGCGCGUUACGUGCGGAGCAGCACGCGUGGACGAUCAACUGUCAAACUAAUACUGUGUGUCAUCCCGACGACAAUCCGGUGAAUCCCCGCCUAGUAUAUCUGUUCCGGGAUCAAGUGACUCGUGAUUGCGUGAUCUUCGGUAAACCUCUUUAUACAAGAUGCUUGUCGUCUUUAGCGUCACAAAAUUGGCAUCGAGAGUUUUUUACCGAGCGGAUAUCCGACGCGCGAUGAGUGAUUCGUAGAAGAAAAGCGGCGCGAGAGAGAAUAAUUCCGUUUUCGUUAUCGAGGAGAGUGACAUACGAGUGCGAUGACGGAGCUCGCCAAGGAGGCGUUCACCUCCCACAAUUACCAUCUGGCGGUCGAGUUGUACGAGCGUUGCCUCAAGCAGCAAGGAUCGAGCUAUGAAGAGUUACUUGGCUACGGUGAUUCCCUGGCCAAGUGCGGUCGCGUCAAGGAGUCUAUCGGGAUUUACUCCAGGUGUUUAAACGCGACGUCGAUGUCGGCCGAGAGACUGAAGCACCUGGCGACCGCGCUCCUGGAGGACAUGGCCGGCGCCGGAAUGACCUCCAGACGGAAACUCGAGACAUCCUUCGCGUGUCCCAUGUGCGAGGGCACUCUCUGCCAACCGGUGACCGCCGGCUGCGGUCACACGUACUGCAGGAAUUGCGUGGAGCCGGCGAAGAAUUGUCGCGUGUGCGGGAUCAAGAUCGCUACUGUGAGUGAAACGAAUGUGCUGGUGCAGAGACUCGUGGAGAGAUGGUGGCCGCGAGAAGUGGAGGCCAGUCGAGCUAGGCACGAGGGUGAUAUCCUCGUGAGGAAAGGUCACUUGGGUCAAGCGCUCGAGAGAUACAACCUGGCGGUUCAUCUCGCACCGAAUAGCCCGCUUCACCGUAGCAACAGAGCUCACGUCUUGCUCCUGUUGAAUAGGCCUUUAGCCGCUCUCACGGACGCUGAUCAUGCAGUUAGAUUGCGGCCAGACUGGGGCAAGGGACAUUAUAGAAGAGGGAUCGCUUUGUCGGCGCUUGGAAGACACGAGGAAGCAAUCUAUGCUCUCUGCAUUAGCGUGGCUAUUGACAAAAAUCCGCAAGCUGUACGCCAUGAAUUGACCAAGGUUCUGCACAGAGCGCUGUCGCCUGGAAUACGUCGGCAAAAUGUUCUGUCGUCACGCACGCCAUACAAUCUAACGAAGAGCGCGUCACUCACGAGAAACCGUCAUCAGUUAAUGCAUCCCAAACGCAGGCAAUGCGCUACCCUGAACAGGUCUGAUUGCGAGGACAAUAGCAGUGGUGAAGAGGAAUUCACUCAGACGAUAAAUAGAAGACUUCGUUCCUCCAUUACGCCAUUGUUGAAUACAAAGUUGCAAGCAAGUCUGAACCGUGUAUAUCAGGAUGUAGAAAAACUGAAACGAGUCGAGCCGAGACCCGCUGAAAUUCUCCUGCCACCCCUUUCCGGCAGCACCGCUGGGGAAUUGGACUGUAUCUUAUGUUGCCGCCUACUCUGGAAACCUGUCACGACACCGUGUGGUCACACUUAUUGCUGGAUGUGCCUGGACCGCUGCCUAGAUUACUCUUCGGCUUGCCCUUUAUGCGUCACAUCUUUGGCUGACUAUCUAGCCAGUAGCCAGAAAACCGUGACGGAUUUUGUAGAGAAAGCGCUUAAAACAGUGGCGCCCGCGGAAUAUACCUCCAGAGCAGUGAGUCAUCGGCUCGAACUGGUCCAGGGACUGGGUCUUUUGGGUAACGAGCAGAUCGCCGUCUUCAUUUGCACGACCGCCUUCCCCUGCGUCGCCUGUCCCCUUUUCGUUUACGAGCCUAGGUACAGGCUGAUGGUCAGAAGAUGCGUUGAAAGCGGAGUGCGCCAGUUCGGAAUCGCCGCGUGUCUGAACAAAGAAGCAACGGGCACGAAAAGGUAUAUGGAAUAUGGUACUAUCCUAGAUAUUCGAGAUCGGGUAUUGCUCAAAGACGGUUGCAGUAUUCUCAGCACGAUCGGUGGUAGAAGAUUUAGGGUACUUUCCGGUGGAGAAAAGGAUGGUUAUGAUACGGCACAGGUGGAAUUUCUCAGGGAUACCAUCGUACAGCAAGAUCAAUUAUUAAAUCUAUUGGAACUUCACGAUAAGGUACGAGCGAAGGGCCAAAGAUGGUGGGAAACAGUGCCUACCUCACAGAAGUCCGAGAUUCAACGGGUGUUCGGACGCAUGCCGGACACAGAGGAGGACUGGUCACGUCUACCGGACGGUCCGUCGUGGACAUGGUGGUUGUUUGCAAUUCUGCCGCUGGGACCGCAGCUACAAGUAGGCAUCCUGGGCACCACUAGUCUGGAAAAGCGAUUGCGAGCCAUCGAGAAAACUCUCGAUCACAUGGAGCAAAGGCAACCAACUGUCGCGGCCGCACAAUCCGAGCAGACGACAACAUCGUCGAGCAUUUGUAGGGAUGGAAGGACGAUCACGGAGACAGCAAUGUCGGUCGUUCAGCAAUCGUAGAGAGCAACGAAGCAUCUCGAUACCUUGGAAGCAACCAAUGUCAUUCUGUGGCCUGGAGAUAGAACGGCGAACCUCGUAUCUCGCAUUCUGCGAAAAAACUUCCAGUAGCAAAAGAUAGCAAUCUUUUUAAUCGGACAAAUUGUUUUAAAAAAAUUCUGUAAGAUUCCAUUAAAUAAUUCUUCAAUUAUUCGCCGGACAAGCUUUGAUAUCAUUUGAUAGAAAUGAUUAAGAUAUCUCCAACUUUUCCACAGACUGCGAAUCUUGAAAAUUGCAUUUACUAAGCUCAUAUUUUUGAUCUUAUUGCGCCUUCUUGUGCAAGGCAUGAUAUUUCUCUAAGUCCAUGUCACAGGAAGACAUUUCUGUCACACAUUUACGCUCUAAACUGUUAAUUUAGUCGGUUAAAUCUUUUCUACAUCGAUCUCUCAUCCGCUGUCGUCCCCGCGACGCGAGUCUUCGAUUGACCCUUCGAUUCUACUCGACGUACAAAAUAUCCGUAGAACGUAUAAACACUUGGAAUAUCCCGUUAGAAAAUUGGGUCAAUCGAUCAGUAAAUGCACCUGUCCCUCGAUUCCGUUUGGCGGGGAGUUUUGAGCGGCUCCUUGUCUCUCUUCUUAGGUUUAACGAGGAAACGUUUGGAAGUGUAUAUAUAUACAAUAUUUCAAACUUUUGCUUGAAACAUAUUUUAAUAUAUCUUACAAUUUCCACGAUAUUCGCUCAAGAAUAGAUGAAUUUAUCGGAUCUGCUCUGAGAAAUUAUUUCAACUUUUAAAAAUACUAAAAAUAUCUAUUUCUUAUUUUAUAAGCUGUUUUAUAACAUACAAAUCAUUAAAAUCGGGGACUCUCCAAAUGUUUCCUUAUAAGUUAAGUUCGAGCGUCUUGCACUUCGUGUUCGUUAAAUCUUCUAUAGGGCGCCUUAUCGAUGAGACGACGAAGAAAAAAUACAUUCACUUACAAAUAGUGAAGUACACAAUAAUAAUAAUUAUUAUUAUUAUAAUCUGGAACGCUAACUGGGAUAUGAACAACAUUUAUUUUUAUGCAAUAUAUUAUUUUUAUGUAAUAUAUAUUUUUGUGCAGUAUAUUAUUUUUUGGUAAAUUUUUUAUGCAAUGAAUUGUUAUGUAAUAUUAUUUCCUACUGACGUUCCAGAAUUAAUUGUGAUAUGAAAGAGCUGGGUUGUCCCAUAAUCUGGUAAAAAUUUUGAUCAAAAUGAUGACUAAAAACAUAUCUGUAAGAACAAGACGUAGCGUUUCCUCAAUAAGGCGUACCAAUUUUCUUCGCGCUAUCGCAAUACGCAAAUCUGUUCUUCCAGAUGAUAUUAUAUAUGACUACAUAUUAUAUACUUACAUAUAUAUAUGUAUACACACAUAUUUAUGUAUACACAUUCGAAUGCAUACAUGUGAUAAAAUCGGAAGUAAGCCGCCUUGCUUUAAAUAUUUAAAUGCGUUAUAACGCAUAAAUAAAGUUUGAAUAUGUAAUAUAACGCAUAGUGAAUCGAAUAUUAUAGUUUAAUAUAAUAGUUUAACAAGGCUUUAAUAUAAUAUACAUACAUUAAUUCAAUGAUUAUUAUACGAUUAGUCAUGUAAUGACGAUCAAUUGUUUUAAUCAAAAUUUAUUAUUAAUCAGUUUUCUUGGAACAAAUUUUGAUUUUUUAAUUCCUACAAUAUACAUAUAUUAUAAUAUUUUAUCCUAUAUUUAUUAUGUAUAAGGUGUUUCAACAUUACUGCAUUGUAAUUAGAUCUCGUUAAAUUUCCUUUAUCCAUAUAUUUUUUUUUUAUUUUGAUAAUAUUCGAUACACUAUACGCAUGUUAUGGGGCUCGCUUCCGUUUCACGUGGAUGCAUCGAAAUCUCGUGCACGAAAAUUCGUCGGUGAGCGAAUGCACUAGAUGAAAAAUAAUACUAUUGGCAAAGUAACUGUUUGCAUAUGUAGUAAAUAUACAUCUUUAUUUUAUCUAUAUAACUGGAAUUAAAAUUUUAAUAUUAAUGUUACUCAAGAUAAAAAAAUAAAAAAAGAACUAUAUGCAAAUAUAUAUAAUUUGUGCAUCGGAAAAAAGUGUCUCUAAAAUACAAGAGUAAAGAUUAGGAUUCUGUGAUGCUAUCAAGCGAUUUUUCGCGAUAUAAUGCACAUGCCAAAGUUAAAUUCAUUGGUGCAAUCGCUCUACGAACGUUCCACGAGUCUGCCGGUACAAUCACGCGCGAAAGCGCGAUUGUGGAGAGAGGUUUGAUAUCCGAAGUAAAAGUUUAUUCGGGAAAGCGCAAAUAUAUUCUCAGCCGAGAAUGCGUGAGAUCCUUUUCGGCUCUCUGAUGUCAUUGCACGAUCGCGAAUCGCGAAAAUUUUUCGGAUCGCGCUGACGAUCGCGCCGUGCAGAUUUUACACAACGACGGAUGGUUCGCGUGUUCCGCGGGGCCCAAGAUCCCGAAAUCUUUUUAUACCGUCUAGAUUUAUUCCGUCGUUCGUAAGAUUUUUUGAUUAUGCUAGCACAUAAUAAUUUAUUUUCACGCGACUUUUCGUACCGUCGAGACACAGCGAUCGCCUGAGGAGCUAGAAACGUCAUAUCAAUCGCGCAAUCAUUUCGUGAGAAACAUAAAUAGCACGAUUGUCGUUACUAUUGUCGCAAUUAAUCAUUACUACUUUUAAAAAGGCUAGUUAGAAAAGAGAAUAUUUUAAUGAAAAUUGUCUUUCUCAGAUUUCUGGCAGUUCUUUCAUUUUUUGUUCUUCUAGGCAUAUUAAAUUUCAAUGAGUAAUUUAUUUUAAUUUCUUUUGUGUAUUUGUGGUGCUUUAAUAUAUUUUUUACAAAUAUAUUGAGCAUACAUAUUUGAUAACGGUUUACGUAAUAUGUAACUACUAAAUUUUUCCACAAUGACGAAUAUCCUACUUCACCGUUAGCUUUUUUCAAACGAAUAAAAAUCGAUCUGUAUAUUAUCUCCUUAAAAUUUUAUUUAAUAUUCUUUUUAAAUGUUUUUAAAAUAUUACUUAACGCGUGAAUUAUUGCAUUAUUUUGAAUAGAAAACAAGUAUUAAAAAUCUAUACUCCUUUUAAAUGUACAAUAAAUGGAAUAUUUUUAAAUCUCUUUAAAAAAUAUAAAGAUUAUUUGUAAAUCUUUCUAUUAUAUAUUCAACAAUUUAAUUAUAAUAAUAUUUUAUAAAAACAAUUAAAAAUAUUUUAAAGAUUUCGACGUAUAUUUGUACGGUACAGAUUUAACAUUAAAUUUGACUCUCUAAUUCUGGAUUUGUAUGAUAUUCAAACCAACCAUGUGUUAAAUCUCAAAUAUGUUACAUUUAAUGUUAAACACAGACUAUGAUUGAAAGUUCUUCCAUUAAUAUAGAGCAAGCAUUGUUGACACGAUUAUCAAAGAUUUUCUUUACAUGAUAAUAAUGGCGACAAUCGUUACGAAUCGGUGUAUCUCGAGUAGAUACACCUGCGAAAGUAUAAAGUAUACAAAAAUACUAUAGAAAAUUUUAUAAUUGAUCAAUCAACGCGUAAUGUAUAUGUAACACUCCGUUCGUCUCUACGGCAAUCGAGAGAAGCACAUCCUCUAUUUAGAUUUGUAUUCUAUUCUCUAGACUUUUAUGAAAUUGUGAAUCAUGCAUUGUGAUAUUACUAUAUAGCCUACCUUGUAUAUUGUUAUUGCUACGUUACAACUAUUAUACGUAAUGCCACACGACUUUCCAUUUUUACUUCGACAUUUCUAUAUAUUUAUCUUCAUCUCUUCAUAUGGAAAAUAUUGUAAUAAAAUAUACGAAGCCAAAAAUC